AUGGCCCUUCGUCGCGCGUUCGCGCUUCUGGCCGUAACGCCAUGCGUUCUGGGCUCGUCCGACGACUCCCUUCCUCCGGCGCCUGACAAUCACGAUGUCCUACAAUACGUCGAUCCACUCAUUGGGAGUGCAAAUGGAGGAAAUGUCUUCGCAGGCGCCUCCCUGCCUUACGGCAUGGCCAAAGCCGUGGCCGAUACCGACUCUCAGAGCAACCAGGGAGGCUUCGCGUACGAUGGUAGUCGGAUCACCGGAUUCUCCAGUCUGCAUGAUUCGGGAACCGGAGGUCAGGCCUCUCUCGGAAACUAUCCUCUGUUCCCCUACGUGAAAUGUCGCGACGACGAUGUCAAUGGCUGUGUAUAUCCUAAGAAACAGCGGAAGACGACUUACGUAUCCGAGUCGGUCAAGGCAAACCCGGGUUACUUUGGGCUUACGAUGGAGUCGGGCAUCCAUGUGGACAUGACGGUGGCUCACCACACGUCCCUAGUUCAGUUCAAGUUCCCGACGGAUGAUAAAUCGAGUCCGCUGAUUCUUCUGGACCUGACCGAUUUAUCGGACACACGUCAGGACAAUGGGACUGUCUCCGUCGAUCCCAUAACAAGCCGCAUGACCGGGCAUGCUCGCUUUCAACCGAGCUUUGGUAGCGGCACCUACGUUCCUUAUUUUUGCGUCGACUUUGACAGUGCGGCGAAAGUGCGCGACCACGGCAUUUUCAUCAACUCGCGAGCAAGCACCGAUGUAAAUCACCUCGACAUCUCGCGAAGCAUAAAUGGGUAUCCACUUCCGGGCGGCGCAUUUGUCCGUUUUGAAUCAGCCCCGAAUAUCACGGUGCAGGCGCGAACCGGUCUCAGUUUCAUCAGCAGCGAACAGGCAUGCCGAAACGCCGAAGCCGAAAUCCCCAACUUUGACUUUGAGGCUACCCAUUCUGCGGCAGUCGAGUUGUGGACGGAGAAGAUGGCCCCAAUCCGCGUGUCAAAACAGGGAGUUAACUCGUCGAUCUUGACAAACUUCUACAGUGGUAUUUAUCGCACUAUGAUCAACCCUCAAGAUUACACUGGGGAGAACCCUCUAUGGAAGAGCAAGGAGCCGUAUUUUGAUUCGUUCUACUGCCUCUGGGAUUCUUUCCGGUCUCAAUUGCCUUUCCUGACCAUCUUUGACCCGGCGUCUCUGGCCCGAAUGAUCCGCUCGUUGAUCGAUACCCAAAAGAACCUGGGAUGGCUUCCUGAUUGCCGCAUGUCUCUCUGCAAGGGGUAUACCCAAGGUGGUUCCAACGCGGAUGUUAUUCUUGCGGACGCAUACCUUAAGGGCAUUACGAAAGACAUUGACUGGCAGGCAGGAUAUGCAGCGGUGAAGAAGGACGCCGAAGAGGAGCCCUAUGACUGGUCCAACGAAGGCCGAGGGGGACUGGUCAGCUGGAAAUCACUCAAUUACAUCCCGGUGGAAGAUUUCGACUAUCACGGGUUUGGGCCCAUGACGCGGAGUAUCUCUCGUACGCUGGAAUACUGCUACGACGACUUCACUAUCGCGCAGAUGGCCCGUGGCUUGGGCAAGACGGAUGACGCAGAGAAAUACGAAACUAGCUCUCGCUACUGGGAGAACCUGUUUCGAGAGGAUCAGACCUCGUUCCUCAAUGGGACGGAUACGGGAUUCAGAGGCUUCUUCCAGCCGAAGUAUCUGAAUGGGACCUGGGGAUACCAGGAUCCUAUCACCUGCUCCAACAUCGACACCAGCGGGCGAGCAUGCUCGCUUCAAAACAACGCCGCCGAAACAUUCGAGUCCAGCAUCUGGGAAUACCAAUUCUUCGUCCCUCACGACAUGGCCACCCUAAUCACCCACCUCGGCGGCCCCUCCCAAUUCGUCCGCCGCCUCGACUACCUCCACGACACCGGCAUCACCUACAUCGGCAACGAGCCCUCCUUCCUCACCGUCUUCCAAUACCACUACGCCGCUCGCCCCGCCAAAUCCACCGCCCGCGCCCACUUCUACAUCCCCAAAUACUUCAACCCCGCCCCCGCCGGCCUCCCGGGCAACGACGACUCCGGCGCCAUGGGCUCCUUCGUCGCCAUGACCAUGAUGGGCCUCUUCCCGAACCCGGGCCAGAACGUGUACCUCAUCACGACCCCGUUCUUCGAGUCCGUGUCCAUCACUUCCCCGCUCACCGGGAACGUGGCUACCCUGCGCGCUGUCAACUUCGAUCCUAGUUAUCAGGAUGUGUAUAUUCAGUCUGCGACGCUGGAUGGGAAGCCGUAUACGAAGAGCUGGGUGGGUCAUGACUUCUUCACGGAGGGGAGAGAGCUGGUGUUGGUUUUGGGGAGGAAUGAGAGUUCCUGGGGCACGGGAGAGAAUGAUCUGCCGCCUUCGUUGUCGACUUAG